GGCACCAUAUUUGGGGAAAGACUCCGAAAGACAGUGACCGAAGAGUCUGCGGGAAGCAUUCCCCACAUGCCUGGAGCGAGUGGCUUUCGGGCCCGGACAAAGCAGGGUCCUGGGAUCUGAUGGAGUAAGUCCUUUUAUAGACAGAAGCUCACCAGGCUCCUGGUGAAUGUACAGGGAGGUUUUUGUCCCUGACUUCAUGGCUGGUUUUCCCGUAUGCUCACAUUCCCCAUCAUCGGCAGGGCUAGAGGUUUGUGAGCAAAGCUUCCCAGAGAGCCUGCCUGCAGCAGCCAGGGGACAAGCCAAGCAGCCCUGGGAUGGCAGUGGGCUGUGCAAGCGCGUGGCCGGCUUUUCAGCAAAUCACCUUCUCCAUUUUUAUAGAGAAGCCUUCCCUGCUCCUGCACCUAAUAACCCCGGUCAUUUCCCCCCACACCAAGGCUGUUUCACAGGCUGAUAGCCCCUGAGGCCAAGACUCUGAUUUCGGGGGCCUUCACUGCUGGGUGCCUGGUAGGAGACACCAUGGGGCCUGUUUUCAGAACUGCAGAGCACCCCCAUCCCAGGCACAACCCUGGGUCUCCAGUUGCACAUGCAAAAAUAGAGGUGCCAGAAGCCACGGGGCCGCUUUUGAGAACGUCGGCCUUUGCUGUGGCUUCCCAAAUGCUACACGUGCUCGCCAGCCCCGGGCCUCACAGAGGGAGUGAAUGCCAGCCCCGCUGAGCGGGGAGUGACCCGCUGCCUGAUAGGGCCCGGCAACGUGACUCAACAGCUUGGGAAGGACCGCAUCGCCAGGUGUAUGUGCAGGGUGCCACGGGGCGUGGAGGGAGGUCACCUGGGGCGGGAAGCAUGGGGCUGGGUGGCCAGGGCCAGCACCUCACUGCUUACAGAGUGUGCCGGGGGUUAAUGGCCACAGAUGGUCAGGGGCGUGGGGAUCUGUCAUCCAACGGCUGGCACCUCCAGCGUUGGCUCUCACGGCACCGUGGCCCAAUGCUGGCGCAGGGAAAGGGGGGCCCUCUGCUGCCUCCCCGGCACCCGUGCAGGGGAAGGGGCUCCUGCCGGUACCUACCCAGCCCAACCCUGCUCCCGCUUGGAGCGCAGGUUGGGAGAAAAUGUGAUUUGGGCAAAUGGCAGGUGUCAGUUAUGAGAGCAAAAUCGUACCCCGAGCCGGGUCACAGCCCCCAACGUGAGGUGGCAGAGUGAAGCCACCUCUCUGUCCCCUCAGCUGCAGCAGAGAAGUCGGAGUCUCCACCACAGGACUUAGCUCGGCUGGGGGCAUGUCGCCUGCCGCACUCUGAGGGAAGGAGAGAGGAAGUGGGUCUUAUCCCAUCCCAGGGGAGGGGCUCGCUUUAACGCUACACUUGGGUGUUAGCAACAUAACCCCAGCAGCUCCCACUGCCUGCCCAGGACCUCUCCUCGGAGCCCGGAGGUGCCCCAGGCUUUUAGUGCCCUGAUUCUGGCUGCGCUUGUCUGGAGCGGGAUGCACGUCUCGUCAUUCUCCCACCAGGUGCCCGGCCCAGCCCCCUGGGGAGUGAAGCAAAGUCACUGGGCCCGAGUCUCCUGGAGCAAAGUGCAUGUAAACACUCCUGCUAUGCGGCGCCCUAAGCCAAGGCCCCAGGAAGGCCCACUGGCUGCCCAGCGAUGGAUUUGAACAAACCCCGCACAGACUGAGGACAAUGCCCCUGGGCUCAGGUGGGCGCUGGUUGUCAGGCCGGGCUGCGAACCCCUUUGCUGCCCUGUGGAUUGCUGAUGUCGGACAAUGAGAGUGGCUCUGAGGUGAGGCUGUGACUCUCGUUCAUGCGGCAUGGGGGAGCCAUGCAACCCUCCUGCACCCCAGGUUCCACUGCUGGGAUGCUCAAGGGUUAAUGGGACAAGACAUGUGGCUAUGCAGAAUUUGGGGUCUAAGCCACCCCCCCUGCAGCCUGGGGACUGCUCUGUGGGAGCUGCAGGGACAGCCUUUACCCAGCUUGAUCUCUAGCUCAGCUUUGAAGCAAGAAUUUCAGCAGCAAAGCAUUGCAGUGGAGCAAGAGUGACAUCGCCUGGUCAGCUGGGUCCUCGGGACCAGAGCAGCUCCGUCAGACUAACAGCUGAGCUCCCACAGUGGAGAGCCCAGGGCAGGGUGGACCCUGGGCCAGUCCCACACAAAGGCUCCAGGAUGCACGCAGAAGCCUGGGGCUAGCGGGGUCCCAAAGCAUCUGCCAUCUCCUCUGAGCUAGAGAGAUGUGGUGACAAUUUUAAAUAAACUGCUAGCAACGGGGCAUGGUGGGCUCAUGCGCUUGCCUUCCCCUCCGGGGGCAAACGUGGCUGGGUUGCAACCAAACAUGAAAUGAAUCUGGUGGGGCUUGUGAUGUGUUACCCCAUGUUCUUUAUGAAAACAUGCUUAUGACAUGAACACGACAUAACUGUACUUCAUGCAAGAUGGCUCAUGUGAGGUAUCACUGGAGAGGUUAUGAUUUACUGAAUGUGAUUAUCCGAUUGUAUGCCUGCAUCAUUUCUGUAUCUAAAGUUAGGAAUAUUGACUAGGUAUCUGUAUUUCAGCUAUGCUAUUUUGGGUGACACCCACUGCCAACACUUCAGGUACAACAGUGGAAAAGCCAGACAGGGCGGAUGGCCCAUCAGCAAGGACAAGGGACUGUGAAAUGCUUGGCCUUCCUGUGGACCCUCCAUACUGCCUCUGACUCAUGGAGGCUGUGAUAAGAGUCAGGUGGGGAGGAAGACAAACAGGACUCUUCCUCUCCAUGGCCUGUCUGCCCAAGUAGAAAGACUGCAAAAGCCACCUGAAGGGAAGGCAAGUGGGGGGAGUCCAGACUGAGACAGGGGUCCAGUCUGAAAAGGAGCAUAACUGGAAUUCUGAACCACAGAAACUUUGCAACCUGCCUGCAAUAAUAUCUAGGCACCAAGCUCCCCGGCCCCACCAUGGCAUCACCUUUAUUCUUGUCGCGGGGAGCCCUGCCCCGCUUGGCUUACAACAGGCUGGCCGGUCGCAGCCCCGGCAUCGUCUUCCUCUUGGGGUUCAAGGACACCAGAGCUAACCCCAAGUGCCUGGCCCUAGAACAGUUCUGCCAGGAGUCGGGACGGGCUUUCCUGAGCUUCGACUACACGGGCUGCGGCAGCUCGGACGGGUGUUUUGAGGACUGUUUGAUCGGCCACUGGAAAAACGACGUCCUAACAGUGCUGGAUGAACUCACCAGCGGGCCACAGAUCCUUGUUGGGGCCAGCAUGGGAGGCUGGCUCAUGCUCUUAGCAGCCCUGGAGCGGCCAGGGAGGGUGGCUGGGCUGGUGGCCACAGGAAUCGGGGCUGAUGCCUUCAUAACCCUGUAUAGAGAGCUCCCUCCGGAGGUGAAGGGCGAAAUGGAGCAGACAGGAGUCUUUAACUACAAGAUGGCUGGGUCUGGGUCUGUGCUAAUUAAGCGGGAGUUCUUUGCGGAGAUGGAGGAGCACAGUCUGCUGGGGCGCCCGUCCAUCCCCAUCACCUGCCCUGUCCGGCUGCUCCAUGGCAUGCAGGACCAGUUCAUACCAUGGGGCAGGGCCGUGCAGGUGGCUGAACAUCUGGAGAGCCAGGAUGUCCGCAUCACACUAUUCAAGGGCGGGCAGCACGGACUGAAGGGAGCGGAGGAGCUGAGGGUGCUCGUGGGGACGGUCAGGGACCUUGCUGAGAGCCUGCAGAGAGAGACAGGGCUUGGAGAGAGAGUGGAAGCAGCUGUGGGAACAGAGCCUGCUGAUGGGGCAGCGGUGACCAGACAAGGAGCCCCUUCUGGGCCCAGAUGCGAGGCCAGGGAGCAGGGCCAUGCUGAACCUAGCCCUGUCUAAUCAGUUAAUGAAGAGUGUGUGUAGUGCUGGGCCCCCACUGCCCAUGGCACCCCAAAGGCCCAAGCCAACCCCCUUAGCACCAGGACGUGCUCAGAUCCUUGGCUUGCUAAUGAGCUCCCUGCAGGGGGUGAGGUGACUGCGCCCAGCUUGUAGGGCUGUGAGAGUCUGCUACUGUCCAGUGAAUCUGGAAAGCGGCUCCUGGAAGGAUCCGUGGCCACAGGGAUCGAAUGUGGGUCUCUGGGCCUCGAACAGAAAAAUGGCUCAACCCCUUACCCUCUCCCAUCACAAACACCUGAGAACCUGAAAAGGGCUCAGGUUUUUGAGAAAAACAUUAAACUUUCCUGAAGAAAUGGUUAGUGGUGCUUCGCUGUUCGGGACCGAAGCAUCCCUGGCUCGGUUUGUCAGCUGGCAGCUGGGGUGGCCCUAGGGCACUUCCUGGGGCAGAGCCACACUGGGGUCACAGCAGAGUUUGCACAGCUGUCACUGGCCCCAUUCAGGAAAUAAAUCAGUUCCCCCAGUUGUUUCUCUGCUCUUGCCCUCCUGGCCUGGGAGUGAACAGGCUCAGGGAAGGGGGUUGGACAUUCAGCCGUCCCCCCUGGAGUUCCCAGCGCUGUUCCACGGCCCACUGCCUGUGAGGGGGGCUGCCAGGCAGGGUGUUGUCAGAAGCAUUCUUGCUGAGGGGGCCAGGCGAGGAGAGGCCUGGCAGGUGCCCAUGAUUUGGGCUCCAUCAAGGCCAGAUGAAAGGGAACAAAACAGGCCCUCUGGGUCAGGAUUGGCUUUGCUCUGAGCCUGCCGGGCCAGGGUGGCUUCGUGCCCGUGGGUUGGGCGUUUCCCCCUGCAGGGGCCGCGCUGCUGCUAUGGCAGGUGGGGGUGAUAUUUUUACCGGUACAACGUCUCCCAGGGUGCUGUACCCUCCACAGAAACUGCUAUGCCAGCCGGCGGCAGCCCUCCCCUGCGAGAACUGGGCCCACAGCAGGGGCUGGAACUAGACUGCUGCGGUUAAAAUCUCCAACUUUGGUGUAGCCAGGCCCGUGGGCGUGGACUGCAGCCAGUCGCUGCUUGAUGUCCUGGGGCGGGGACAGAUGGGGGG